AUGAACUUACUUCGGUUAUUACUGAUUUUUACCGCCUUCAUUACUUCGGCUACGGCAUUAAGUUUUAUUGUCACCUCGAAAAUCUAUAUGGAUGUAAAACAUCAUAAGAAACCGUUGGGACGUAUAAUAUUCGGUUUAUUUGGCAAGCGUGCUCCAAAGGCUACAACAAAUUUCCGUCAUAUUUGCACAAGGGGAAUUAAUGGCACCACUUAUGUUGGUUCGGAAUUUCAUCGAGUCAUUAAUCGUUUCAUUAUUCAGGGUGGUGAUAUUGUAAAUCAUGAUGGCACCGGUUCCAUUAGUAUUUAUGGUGAUUAUUUCGAAGACGAAGCAUUGGAUAUUGAACAUUUGAGACCUGGCUAUUUGGGUAUGGCAAAUCGUGGUCCCGAUACAAAUGGUUGUCAAUUUUAUGUUACCACAGUGGCGGCUCGUUGGUUGGAUGGUAAACAUACGGUGUUUGGAAAGGUGUUGGAGGGUAUGGAUGUUGUGCAUGCCAUUGAUGAUGUGAAAACAGAUAGAGAUGAUCAUCCCAUACAUCCGGUUAUUAUAACAAAUUGCGGUGAAAUACCUAUUGAACCAUAUGAAUAUUAUCCGGAUGAUUUUAGUGUUUGGGGUUGGAUCAAAUCGGCCGGAAUACCAGUUGCCAGUUCUUUUGUUAUACUAAUAGUUUUUCAUUAUUUCUUCCGACAGCUAAAUAUGUAUUGUUAA